AUGGGCAAGAACGAUCGGAAGCGCUCGCUCGAGGAGAGCGGCGAUGGCGAUGCAAAGCUCUCGAAAAAGGCAGCUAGCGCUGAUGUCGCUUCCGCGAAGGCUGUCCGGAAAUCUGGCGACGCUUCCGGCGAGCCACACCGGGGCCAGGAUGCCGAGGGCAAUACCUAUUGGGAGCUCUCCAAGACGAGACGGGUAGGAAUCUCGCAGUUCAAAAACAACACCCUGAUUAAUAUCCGGGAAUACUACGAGAGCGCUGGCCAGAUGCGCCCUGGCAAGAAGGGAAUCUCCUUGACCCUCGACCAGUUCAAGAUGUUCAUGAAGGCACUCCCGCACAUCAAGGCCGAGCUGCAGAAAGACGGCAUUGAUACGGGUGGUGUGGAGGACGUGCCGGACGAGAGAGAUGCGGUUGUUGCAGGCCCGUCUGCGACGAAAAAGACAAAGAAGGCUUCGGAAAAGGCAAACAUCGACGCCACGUCGGACGAGGACUCUGAUUGA